CUUUCUUCAUUCUUUCGUUCUGCUCAUUCUCUCUCGAAAAACCCUCUGAGUUGAAUCUCAGAGUCGCAUAGAGAGAUUGCUUGAUCUAUUCGCAGAAUCGUAGUCAUGGCGGCACCUGAAGCUCCUCUCUGCUAUGUUGGAGUUUCUAGAAGAUCUGCCGCUUUCCGCCUCAUGAAAACAAUGGGAUGGGAAGAAGGUGAAGGACUUGGAAAAGAUAAACAAGGAAUUAAAGGUCAUGUUCGAGUUAAAAACAAGCAGGAUACUUCAGGUGUUGGUUUGGACCAAGUGAAGAACAAUUGGGCAUUUGAUACUACGCAAUUUGAUAAUAUUCUGAAAAGAUUGAAAGUGCAAGCGGCAGUACACAUUGAAGAUGAUGAUGACGAUGAUAAAGAAGGCAAGAAAGUUUCUUCCGUUGAUGCUGAGAAAGUUGAAGCUAAAGAAGUCAAGGAGACUGUCGUUAAGAGUACUCGUCCACAGGGCAGAUACCAAAAGAGGGAAAGAGGGAAGCGUGUUAAUGGAUAUUCUUUGAAAGAUCUUGAGGGAAUUCUUGUCAAAAAAACCGAAAAGGAGGAUGUACAACUAGAUGAACUAUCGGAAUUGGAGACAAAAGCGACAGCUGAGUCGAAUAGCUGCCAAGAUGAAGACAAGCCAAACGACGUGCCAGUAAAUUGGUGGGGCAUUAAAUACGGAUUCGUUUCUGGGGGACUUCUUGGAGCAACGUCUAAACCGAAGAAGAAAUCUAAACGAAGUUCUGAUGAUGCACCUGGAUCAGGCAAAAGGGCUGUUUUUCAUGAACAAGAUCAAGAAGAUCUGUAUAAUCUUUGUCAGGAUAAAGCUACAACUGGAAAGCAAGGUCUGGGAGCUAAGGGUAAGUCCAAGAAAAUUGCUGGUGCUGAUUGGAAGGGAAAGAAGACAUCAUUUAGUGAUAGUGAAGAUGAUGACGAAGAAGAAGAUGGUGAAGACACCAAUGAAGAGGACGAUGAAUCCGAGGAUUCUGCUGAACCUUGUUCUCCAGUUAAAGAAAAGCUCAGUGAGGUUGUCAUAACAGAAAGGAGUGACGAGGAGAAAGUUAACUUGAAAAAGUUGUGCAAAAAGCUACUUCGUCAGGCCCCUGGUAAGUCAAUGAAGCUGAAAGAUCUAAGAUCACUUAUUGAGGCCCAAUCACCAUCUGUCUUUUCAAAAUUUUCUUCAAAGCGUGGAGCUCUCUCAUACUUGAAACAGAAGCUUCUAGGCAGCAAGAAGUUUCAUCUGGACAGGAAGAAAGUGAGUCUCCCACAAUGAGUCGAGACCAGAGAUUUUGUAGUAGCAUUUUGAGCUAGUAUACUGAUAAAAAGGGGUUGUCAGAAUUGAUUUUUACAUUCGGUAACACUAGAAGGUUAUUUGAGUUUCUAUACCUAUUUUUUGUGUAAUGACCUGUAUGGCUGUAUCCUGUAAUGAUGAAUCUGUCUGUGUCCUUGGUUUGAACAAGGUCGACCAACUUGAUUUUGUCUAAAUUUAUCUAUACCUGUCAUUCGAUAUUUCAACAUGGCACAUCCCUGUAACUUUGUUCGGAAUAGAAACAAGGAUGGAAUAACAGUGGACAGCAUUGUGUAACA